CUACUUUCCUCUCAAUCUCAACCUAACCUAACUUAAUCUUCAAAUCACAACAUUGUGAAUUGAAAACAUUGGAUAAUUUGAUCUUUAUUUUAGUUCUUUUUUCAGUAUUAUAAGAAUAUAAUUAUAACAAGUAUAAAUAAAAUUAUAUGUGAUUUAAGUUUAUUGAAAUAAAAAAAAGUUAUUAUAUUUUAAGUGACACAGUCAUAAAUCCAUAAAUUGAUAGUACAUUUGGUGGUUAUGCUGAUAAAAUGUAUGAUGCUUUUUUGAUUCCCGAAAGAAAAGAACGUUUAAAAAUUCUAAUGUGUAUAAAUAACAUAUAAAAGCAGAGGAGGAUUCUUUAAUUUGCCUUACCUUACAAACAGUCUUACCUUGCAAGUCUGUUACUCUUCGUCGAAAUUGAUAUAAGCCAACAUGACCGCUCCCAUCAGCACCCAAUCUGCUAUGGAUAAUUUGAAUGCUGCUGUAAGCUCCAACAUUAUCCCCAAUCAGGAGUACUUGCUGCAGGGAUCAGUACUAGACACUUCUGUGGAAGUCCUGCUGCACAGACUCCGUGGUUUGUGCGACAAUGUAGACCAUGGACCAGAGGGUUUCAAUGAUCACGAGAUGUCUUUCAGUCUUCGCAAGAACGCUCCAAAUGAACAGCCGUUGCUGCUGCGAGUACGACGUACCCUGGAUUCAGGCUAUGCCGACCUACCAUGGCAGCUACGAUAUAUCGGUCAACAAGAACUAGGCGACAAAUCUCGACCCACGAUCGUUCGCAGCAGCAUCGACGUCGCUACCAGUAAUACUGUGGUGGAAUUCCUUACCGAGUUGGGCUGCAAGCUGGACUUUGAAUACAUUACACGUGGCUACAUGUUUCGCAAGGGUCGAAUGAAGAUUACAGUGUCGAAAAUUUUCAAGGUGAAUCAAACCAAGGUGCCAGAGAACAUACCAGAUAUGAUUUCACAGAGUUACUUGGUGGAGCUCAGUGUGGUGGCUCCCAGUGGGCAGGACGCCGUAGCAGAAGACAUGAGGAUAUUCGCGGAACAGUUGAGACCUUUAGUACAAUUGGAAAAGGUGGAUUACAAGAGAUUUGUGGUUCCCUCUUCUCAGUCUCAAAUAAUAUAAGGAAUCGAAUUCGGGGAUAAACUGCUUUGCCUAAAUACACCGCUGGAUCCGCAUCCAUCGCGCAUGCGCGAAAAAAGCGACCCGUCUAGCAGCCACCACUUCCGCUGCUGUUCCUGACGUCCGCGUGUCCGGCAACAGCGCCCGGUGUGAUGAUGCUGAAAAGUCGUAUUGACGGCCAUUUUAAGUUCUACCGCUGUUUGAUCGUCAGCGAUUUUUAAGCGGGGCUUGCUUCUCGUACGACAAAUCUCUCGCAGGU